AUGGUCAUAGCGAACUCGCUGGAUGUGGAUGUAGACGUGGACUGGCUUUACAAGGGUAGAAGAAAGCCCAAAGCCCAACAGCCUCCGGUAAGGCAAAAAAGGUCAUCUUCCGUGUCCAAUGGCUCUCUUAGCCAUGUUUCUGCGCACGCGGAGGCCCCUGGCGCAGCAGCCGUGUGUAGCUCGCAACCAGCCGGUGAGGUUGCGAAGACGCCGCUGCCUCCAACCCCAGGCAAAAAAUCCAGCGACUCGGCCACUCCCGAUGCCACGGGGACGGCGAAGAUGGCGCGCUCUCAUGCUCCGCAACGCUCCAAGUCUGUGAACGAGGCGAAUCUGGGCAGUGGGAAUAGCACUGCAAAGACCAAGAAGACGCUUUUCGGGUCGUUGUUUCGCAGAAACAGCCACGGCGCCAGUGACAGGCCGAGCAUUCCCCUGGCGUCGACGGGGCCCAGAAGCUCGAGUCCCGCCAAGGGAGCUGCUCCGGGCGACGCCACAAGCACGUCGGUGGGGGCUGCUCCAGCCACGCCACCGGCCACUGCCCCGGCUGCUGUGCCGGGUGCCGUGUCAACUCCGAACUCGUCGUCGAUGAACGUUGCCGUGUCGCAGUUUUUGAAAGAACCCUCGUCGCCCGAGGUCAAAGAUCCGGCUCCCAUUCACGAAGAGAGAUUCUUUCCCGGACGUGCUAGCACGCAUCGCAAUUCCAUCCCCUUUGAGAAUUUGGCCAGCGUGCCGCUCCGAAGGGUCACAUUCGCGGUUGACCGUUUUGGAAUGGAUCCGCCUCAACAGAUCCCAAGCCGAAAACCGAAACGUGGGGACGUGCUGAUCCCCCAGGACAUGAUAUGUCCGACCCCGUCCAUAUCGGUGGGCAUCACCAAUACGCAAGGCAGUGUCGAACACGCGGCCUCGCUUUUCAACGAGGAGUCCAAGGAAUAUAAGGCCGCGCUAGAGAACCACCGCAAGGCCCUGAGGGAGUCGGAUAAGCAUCAGCAGGAGGCGCACUACGCAGCGCAGCGUAUAGCGCAUGAGGUUGCAAACUUCAAAUCCAAGAGCACUUCACAAGCGACGAACACCACGGCUCCAGCCAGUGGUCAGCAGGCCGGCACGAAACCCACCACCACGGCGAUUGACGACCGCAUCAAGCAUCUGGAGAUCGAUAAGCCAAUUCACAAGCACGAAAACUAUUUCGACCCCUCACAGCCGGAGGACAGUCCGGAAUCCCAGACCAAACUGACGCUAGACAAGAUCUACACGCGCUGUUGUCAUUUGCGGGAGAUUUUGCCAAUACCAUCCACACUCAAACAAGUGAAAAACAAGACUGCUCCUUUACAAAUGUUGAAGUUUCUGAACCCUAGGCCCACGCUCAUAGACUUACUGUCGUUUUGCGAUUUCAUCUCGAUCACUCCGAUCCACAACGUGGUGUUCGAUAAUGUGAACCUGACCCCCGAAAUGCUAAGAAUAGUGAUAACCUCACUGGCGAAUAGCGGUGCGAUCGAAAAGCUCGGUUUCCGAAAUGUGAUUUUCAACUCGGAAAGCUGGAAACUACUGUGCCGGUUCCUGCUGCGAAACGAUUCGCUUUUGAAACUGGACAUCUCACAAACCAAGAUCAAGCCAGACCUGGCACCGGGCCUGUACCGCGCGCAUAUGGAUUGGAAUUUGUUUACAGAUGUGCUACAACGACGCCGCGGUAGGCCCCUGGAAGAGCUGUUGAUCAACGGAGUGAGGUUUGACAACUUUGACGUAUUCGUCAACUUACUAAGCACUUUUGCCUCGACGGCGCCUGCCCACAGUAAGAAGAGGCUUGGCAUCGCGCAAUCGUCGAUCACAGGGGAGCAGCUGAAGUUCCUAAUGUCGUGGGUCAGCGAUUACCAGAUCCAAGGCGUGGACCUCGGGUUUAACGACCUGAGUGAGCUUGUGAAACCGUUGGUUGGGAAGCUGUCCGCCUUGCCCUUGGACAAUAUGCAUUACUUCACGCUGAACAGCACAAACAUCGCCACCGCGUACGACGCGGCGUUGAUCCUACGGGCCAUAUCCAAACUGCCAAACCUGUAUUUCUUGGACUUGAGCAAUUUGCCGCAGAUCUUCCCGGAGAUUUUCCCGUACCUGAACAAAUACCUCCCACGCAUGGCCAAUUUGAAACGGCUGCACUUGGAUUCGAACGACUUCACCUCUCGAGAAGUGGUGAUGGUCACCAGCGUGCUGUCGAAAUGCGACCAAUUGUUGCACCUGUCAUUGCUGAAUAUACCGGCGGAGGCGUUCUCCACCGCCAUGUGUGCCAACGUCUACGAUUGCGUGCGGCAAUGUGCCAAGUUGACGAAUCUGGAUAUCGCGUAUGGGAACAUGCCGGAACAAAUCUCUUCGCGCAUCGCGCUCUGCCUGAUGCGCAGGAUGCACCGGGACUUCGAGCUGGACGACCUGACGAACCAGGACGACGUGCUAUUCGACGGCACACUGCUGUCGGAAACGGCGGAGAACGUGUUUGAGAAACUGAACAACUUUGAAAACGUGGAGACGAAUGCCACCAGAAGGUAUCUGCUCAAGAAGUAUUGGGAACGCUUCAACCGCGUGCACGACAACGUGCAGAGCACCAUCGACCAACUGUUCCACAAGCGGAGCCUGGGGGAAUUGAACUUACAAAGUAAAGAAAACCUGCUACGGUUGUUAUUUGUGGAAAACAAUCUAUCGCAUAUCCUAAGCCUACUCAAGACAUACCCACAGGUGGCCGACGUGGCGGGCUUCGAGCCGGACACACAGCCCUCUGCGUUCGAGCACGACCUGUCGGCGCUCCCGGACCCCGAGGUGCCCGCCCACGUACGACCCCAUUUGAUGGCGACGGACUCCGGGAGAACCAUAGACGUUACCACGGGCAAGCCGGUGUUGGUGAAACAGCCGUCGCACGUUGCGCUGGUGGGCAAACGCCAAGAGGAGGAAGAAGGCGAGUUCCACAAGUGGGGGUUUUUCGUGCAACAACAAAACUCUAUAUACCCGGACCACCAGGUGGUGAAUCCCGGCCCCGCGGCCACCGCCGUCUCGCCGCAAACGUCCUCCACGGCCACCGCCGCUGUUGCCCCACAGGCGGCCGCCGCUCACGGGCUGCUUCCCAAGAUCCCGUCCGGUACGGAAUUGCGCGACGCCGUGAUGCGUGCCAAAGGUAUAGACUCGAUCGAGGAACUGAUCCAAAAUGUGACUGGGAAUAGAGUCACUCUGGACAAGAUCUACGGGGUUCCGCUGCACCCGAUGGCGACGGUGCCUCCGGCCGCGGCGGCGGGCUCGCAGUUGGUGCGGUCCAGUUCCACUGCGUCCUUCACGUCCUCGGACUCGGACAACGAGGACAAAGUGGACGAGACCUACGACAAGUUGCUCAGCAGCCUGAGCAAAGUGCGGUCCAAUAAAUAG